CUGGGCUUGAGCACCCCGCUGGCGGUGGGUCUUCCUGGCGAUUCAUGAGCAGGGACAGAGUCACUGGCCUCUUCUCUCCGUGGCCUCUGCCCCACAUGACCGGAAGACGAGCUUCUGCUUAGAGGACACGUGGCCGUCCGCCCCGGCCUCCGCCCGCCGCCAUGAAGGGGCCCUGCCUCCUGGCGUGGCUGUUCUCCAGCCUGGGCUGCUGGGGCCUCGCCCGGCCCGCCCCCGACGCAGCUCAGUGCCAGCGCGCCGAGCACCCGGUCGUCUCCUACGAAGAAAUUGGCCCCUGGUUGCGGGAGUUCAGAGCGAAGGACGCUGUGGAUUUCUCGCAGUUAACAUUUGACCCAGGACAGAAAGAGCUUAUUGUAGGAGCAAGAAACUACCUCUUCAGGCUGCAGCUGGAGGACUUGUCUCUGAUCCAGGCUGUGGCGUGGGAGUGUGAUGAAGCCGCCAAGAACGCGUGUUACAGCAAGGGCAAGUCGAAGGAGGAGUGUCAGAACUACAUCCGGGUGCUCCUGGUGGGCGGAGACCGGCUCUUCACCUGCGGGACCAACGCCUUCACCCCCGUCUGCACCAACCGCACGCUGAGCAACCUGACGGAAGUGCACGACCAGAUCAGCGGCAUGGCCCGCUGCCCCUACAGCCCGCAGCACAACUCCACGGCGCUCCUGACGGCGGGCGGCGAGCUGUACGCGGCCACCGCCAUGGACUUCCCGGGCCGCGACCCCGCCAUCUACCGCAGCCUGGGCGCCCUGCCCCCCCUGCGCACCGCGCAGUACAACUCCAAGUGGCUCAACGAGCCCAACUUCGUGUCGGCUUACGACAUCGGGAACUUCACCUACUUCUUCUUCCGAGAAAACGCGGUGGAGCACGACUGUGGGAAGACGGUGUUCUCCAGGGCGGCGCGCGUCUGCAAGAACGACAUCGGGGGGCGCUUCCUGCUGGAGGACACCUGGACCACCUUCAUGAAGGCGCGGCUCAACUGCUCGCGGCCCGGCGAGGUGCCCUUCUACUACCACGAGCUGCAGAGCACCUUCCUGCUGCCCGAGCUGGACCUGCUCUACGGCAUCUUCACCACCAACGUGAACAGCAUCGCCGCCUCGGCCGUGUGCGUCUUCAACCUGAGCGCCAUCUCGCUGGCCUUCAACGGGCCCUUCAAGUACCAGGAGAACUCCCGCUCUGCCUGGCUGCCUUACCCCAACCCCAACCCCAACUUCCAGUGUGGCACCGUGGACCAGGGCCUGUACGUGAACCUGACAGAGAGGAACCUGCAGGACGCGCAGAAGUUCAUCCUGAUGCAGGAGGUGGUGCAGCCGGUGAGCCCUGUGCCCGCCUUCCUGGAGGACGGCAGCCGCUUCUCCCACGUGGCCGUGGACGUGGUGCAGGCCCGGGACGCCCUCGUGCACAUCCUCUACUUGGCCACAGAUCACGGCACCAUAAAGAAGGUGCGGGCGCCGCUGACGCCGACCACGGGCGGCUGCCUGCUGGAGGAGAUCGAGCUCUUCCCGGAGAGGCGGCCGGAGCCCGUCAGGAGCCUGCGGAUCCUGCACAGCCAGAGCGCCCUGUUCGUGGGUCUGCGCGGGCACGUGGCCAAGGUGCCACUGAGGCGCUGCCGGUCCCACAGCACCCGCAGCGCCUGCGUCAGGGCCCAGGACCCCUACUGCGGCUGGGACGUGAGCAUGAAGAAGUGCACCAGCCUGGAGGAGAGCCUGAGCAUGGCGCAGUGGGAGCAGAGCAUUUCCGCCUGUCCUACGAGGAACCUCACCGUGGACGGGCACUUCGGGCCCUGGUCUGCGUGGACGCCCUGCACCCACGCGGAUGGCGGCGCCCUGGGGUCCUGCCUCUGCCGCACCCGCUCCUGCGACAGCCCGGCCCCGCAGUGUGGCGGCUGGCAGUGCCAGGGCCCGCGCGCGGAGAUCGCCAACUGCUCCAGAUACUGCAACGAGCAUCUGCUGUGCCCCCCACAUGUGUUCUGGACUGGUUGGGGUCCCUGGGAACGCUGCACGGCCCAGUGCGGAGGCGGCAUUCAAGCUCGCCGCAGGACCUGCGAGAACGGGCCCGACUGCCUCUCUGGGGAUUUCCUGCGCGCCGGGAGGUACUCCGCCCACACGGUCAAUGGGGCCUGGUCGGCCUGGACCUCGUGGUCCCAGUGCAGCCGGGACUGCAGCAGGGGCAUCCGCAGCCGGAAGCGCGUCUGCAACAACCCGGAGCCCAAGUUCGGGGGCAUGCCCUGCCUGGGCCCGGCGCUGGAGUACCAGGAGUGCAACGUCCUGCCCUGCCCAGAGGCCAGCCCUGUGCACGCUCGCGCCUUCCCUGGUGGCCAGCGGAAGCUGGAGAGCUGGUCCGAAUGGUCCGACUGGUCCGAGUGCGACCCCUCCGGGGUGCAGGUCCGCGCCCGCCAGUGCGUCCUCCUCUUCCCCGCGGGGGGCCAGUGUUCUGGAAACACCACGGAGAGCCGGCCGUGUGUUUUUGACUCCAAUUUCAUCCCAGAAGUAUCUGUGGCGAGAUCCAGUAGUGUUGAAGAGAAGAGGUGUGGAGGACCAAGGGCUCUGAGGGAGCUGGUGCCCGCGGACUUCCGUGAGCCCUUCCAGAACUUUCUCCCCUGCCCAGUCCUGGACCACUGGCCUCUGCCUUCCACCCUGCAUCUUCCUUUCGGUCUGCCGGUGUUUACCGGCUGUGUGCGAGUGCAGGGAGCCUUCGUGGCUGUGGACGCAGCAGGACACGUGGCAGCACUCAACGCAUUUAACAAAAACAACCUGAUUCUAGAGGAAAGAAAUAAAUACUUCAACCCUCACCUCUCUGGGAAGACCUAUUCGAACGCCUACUUCACGGAUCUCAAUAAUUACGAUGAGUACUAGCAGCCCGCGGCGGCCGCCCUGGGGCGCCCCGGUUCCUGGGGACCCGUGCCCCGGUGGCCCGUUGCCGGGAGGUCACAGCUGGCGUUGGGAAACAUCUCGACCGCAUUUCAAGCCACGCGCCCCACCACUGCCCCAAGCACACGUUCUUAAAAGCAGCAAAACCCAAUCCUGCCGUUGUGACGUCCGGCCCGCAAGCCUGUCCUUGUCGAGUCGGCCACGGUGUGACGUUGUCUUUGUCACGUUCCGUCCAUUUUUGCAACAACUGACUGUUCUCGCCCGCCUUUUAGUCAACGUACCCCCACGGGAAGGAAGGAGCCCCCAGAAACGUGACCGCCGUCUUGCUCUGGAGCGUACACCUUCGUGAUGCUUUCAUUCAAGGAAACAGGCACUUUAGGCGAGGCCCUGCAGCCGCAGUCCGGUCCAGUGAAGCCCGGCGAGGUGACGGGUCGCGCGUCCUCAGCACUCAGCUCCCGUCCCCGCAUCUGGAGAGCCGUCUGGGCCGUGGGAAGGAGCGUGCAUUUGCAGCGGCGCUCAGUGCUGCGGCUCAGCCCGGGCGCAGCCUGGCUCGCGCCUCUGCAGAGCUGACGAUGGCUUGGCGGCCCGGUCGUCAUCGGAGGGGCGGCCCCAGGCCGAGUGAGGCGCAGACGCGGUGAGGGGACCAGGAGCUGCCGCCAAGCUAGCCUAUCGCGGCUUCCAGGCUCUCCCGGCCUGCGGGGCUCCUGGCCGGGCCGUGGGCCGGGCGCCGCCUUCCGUCUGCCCAGUAGCCUCUUGUUCUGCAUUUCAUACACGCGCCGCCUCUCUGCCUGCACAGAGAAAUCUGGGACCUUCUCGAUGCCAACAGGGAAAGAAGUCACAGCACGGACGUGUCGCGGUGAACGGUGUCGGUAUUUUCCCGCUGGUGGCGAGUGUGGACGGACGGGACAUGUAGCAGAAAGCAGCGUCUUCUUGGCCUUCUCCCUGGUGGCACGGGGGUGCGGCCACCAGCCCUCCCCCGAGCAUUAGUGCUCACGGCCGCUCGCGGCCCUGCCUGCACGCGCCUGCACCUGCUGGGCCCCCCACCGGCACUGCCGCCUCCUGGGCGGGCGGGGAGGGACGUGGAGCUCGGUGCCUUCGCCCCUGCCCGCGCGCCGUCCCGCCACACCUCCGUCCACGGCCCCCUGCAGGGCCACGGCGCUUCCAGAAUGAUCCGGAGAAGUCCCAGGGUCUGCAGAGAGGGGAGUGGGCCCAGGGCCCCAGUGCCAGUCCCUGCGGAGCCUUUAGGUGUCGGGUGCCAGGGGCUGGCGAGGCAGGCGGGUGCAGGGCCGGCAGCAAGCUGGCCGCGUGGGCGGGGGAAGGAGCGGCACCCCUGCAUGCCCUGAGGAAGGCCGCGGCCCGGCGGAAGCCGCACCCUCUGGCUAGAGGCCCCUCUGCGCCAUCGGGGGUGAGCUUGACACAGGCCUGCGGGCAGACGUGUUUCGGCCUGUCCAGCUCAAAGAAACCAUUUCGGAAGUGCAGGGCAAUUGUGGGUUCAGUAAGGGGCGCUGCGGAGUGGAGAGACUCCCAUGUGCCCGGAUUUGCAGAGGGACGCCCCUCGAGU